GCCCAGCAGCCGCGCCUUCCCCAUUGAGCGCGGCGGCCGCCUCCCUCCGCCCCGCUGCGCUCGGCGGGGCGGUGCCGGGGCGCGCAGUGACAGCGCCGGGCACCCUCCUCGGCGGGCGCUCCUGGGCGGGCAGCCGGGCCCCCCGCGCCCCCCGGCCCCGCUCCGGGCAGCGCAGCCGCCGCGAUGAAGCCGUGCGAGGAGGACGAGGAGGAAGGGCGGGCGGCGGCGGCCGCCGGCGGCGUAGGGGACCCUUGGCAGGAGUGCGCGGAGGUGGCGGUGCAGCUGGCGCGCCGCGCCGGGCAGAUUAUUAGGAAAGCUCUCACAGAGGAAAAACAAGUGUCCACAAAGACAUCUGCAGCAGAUCUUGUGACGGAAACUGAUCAUUUUGUGGAAAAUUUAAUUAUUUCUGUUCUGAAAGAGAAGUUUCCCUCCCACAGGUUUAUUGCAGAAGAAUCCACUGCUGCAGGUUCAAAAUGUGUCCUCACCGACAGUCCGACCUGGAUUAUUGACCCUGUUGAUGGAACGUGCAACUUUGUGCACAGAUUUCCAACAGUGGCAGUAAGCAUUGGAUUUGCUGUUAACAAAGAGCUUGAAUUUGGUGUAAUUUACCACUGCACUGAAGAACGAUUAUACACUGGUAGAAGAGGUCAAGGGGCAUUUUGUAAUGACAAAAGGCUUCAGGUAUCAAAAGAGACAGAUAUCUCGAAGGCCUUAAUUUUAACAGAAAUUGGUCCAAAACGUGACCCUGCAACUUUGAAAUUGUUCCUUGGUAACAUUGAGAGAUUGCUCAAGGCCCAAGCACAUGGGGUCCGUGUCAUUGGGAGCUCAACCCUGGCUCUGUGCCACUUGGCAUCCGGCGCUGCAGACGCCUAUUACCAGUUUGGGUUACACUGCUGGGACCUGGCAGCGGCGACUGUCAUCAUUAGAGAGGCAGGUGGCACUGUGAUAGACACUUCAGGGGGACCUCUGGAUCUUAUGUCCUGCCGAGUGAUUGCUGCGGGCACUAGAGAGAUGGCCAUGUUCAUAGCUCAGGAAAUACAAACUAUUCACUACAAACGGGAUGACGAGAAUUGAAUACCUACAUCAUGGAGUUCGCCCUCCUGAACCAUGUAACUUUUGCCAGAUGGGUGGCUUAAAGGGUAUGUGAUUUGAGCAGGAUGCUUUCUGUGGAGAUUUUCCGUGUCAAAUAUUUUUUAUAAAUUUAUUACGAUGUGAGAAGGCAUAGGGAGAUUUUUAAACCUCUAAGAAUUGUGUUUCCUUUUUAAUAUGUAUCUCUUUCAGCAGUAUCUUUUUUAUAAGAUAGUGUAUUUUACUGGUAGUAAAUUAGUCUCAAAAUUAAGUUGUAAUUUCAUAUCUGUGGGGCUGAUAUUUAGUCUUUUGUAACAUGCAGCUAAAAAUGGAACUUUAUUUUUACAGAUGCAGAUCUCAGGUAAAUGAGCUUUAGGACUGUAGUAAAGGAUGAGUAGUUAAGAUGUGUGCCUAUAAUACCCUUGUUCUAUGAUACUUAAGAAUGCAAUAAAAAUGACAUUGUUGUUUCCCAACUACGUCAUAGCUAUAUAUCCAUAUAUGUACAUGUAUGUAUGUUUGUGUGUGUGUAUAUAUAUAUAUAUAUAUAUAUAUAUACACACUUAUACAUGUAUAUGCAUGUAUACACACACAUACUCACGUGCAUAUGUUUAUAUAUAUGGAUAUCCUGGAUGUUUACAGCAAUUUAGAGAAUGCAUAGAAGAAAGCUAAUAUUGAAAGUUAUUUUCAGGUAAAGAGUACAGGUUACUUAGGUGAUUCUGGUCAGGGCUAUCCAAAUGGCAAAUAGCAGAGCUGAUCAUGGAAAAUGUUUAAUUAUUUUACAAACUGUCCAGCUAGUUUUGUUUCCCUUCAUCCCUCUGCAUGGGUAUAAAUCAUACUAUCCUACAGGCCUCUGUAAGAUACUCCAACCUGCAAACACUUACUACCAUAGAGUAAUUAUAGUUAAAACCAGGAAUACUGAACUCAAACUGAGCUAUUCACAGUAUUAACUAUGACACACAGUAGGAGGCCAGCAGAAUAGAGCACAGUGUCAAGGAGCUGUUGAUUUUAGAGAAACUUUGGGCAGAACAGCAGGAUUUGGCCCCUUACAGGCAAGUGAUUAAAAAUAUGCACAGAAGAUAUGCUUGCAAAAAGUUGUAAACCACAUGCCCUUCUUGCACAAAGUUGUAAUCACACUUUUUGAUCAGAAAAACCUGUAAAAUUUGUUACGUAGGUUUCCCAAAUACACAGUUGUUCUCUGUCAUUGUAUCUAGCCAAGGUUAUAAUUUCUAUUUAGAUUAUGUUUUAAAUAAGGAGCACAGGGAAAGUACAAGUGUGUCCAGAAAAGUAGUUUAUAUAAAAUCACUUCUAUUUUAUCUUCAAAAAUUUAAUUAAGAGGUAUCUCUUUUUUUGCAAGAGUGCAAAUUAAAUAAAGGAAUGAGCCAAAAAAGUUGGUUAAAAUUUUGAACUUUUUUUAUACACUGCAUGUGUAGACUUUGUAAAUGUGUUCAGAUAUCUGCCUAGAACAAACUAAACAGUAUUUUUUAAAAAUAACCUUGUGUGUGUUUCUUGCAAUGAGAAAUGUUUUUCACUGAAUAUAACAAUUCUGUGUGAAUUUUUGAUGCUUUUUUUCAUGAGAAAUGCAAAGUAUUGACUGUGUGAAGAAUGUCUAAAUCCAACUAAGCAUUUAAGAGCUGAUGGUUCUUACCAGAAAACCAAUGUUUUCCGUCACAGUGAUCAAUGUUUUGUCACUGCUCCCUUUUACCCCUUCCAUCUCUUUUUACCCUCCCCCCACCCCCAAUUUGGAAAUGAAGAUUGUAAGCCCUCUGGGGCAGGGACUUUGGCUCUGGGUUUUCAAAGUGCUAAUAGGAUGAGAUUCUGGUCCACGACUAGGCACUGAGGUGCUAUAAUAAUACAAAUAAUAAAUACUAAUAGGCUUA